CCACUGAGCAGCUCUGGCCGCUGGAGCGACUGCUCUCGAAUUACAACAAAAGGCUGGGAUUUAGGGAACUUCCCUGGUGCGGCCGGCUGGGAAAGGGGGUGGGUUCUGGGAGGGGUUUGCCGGAGAGGCUCAAGUCAAAAGUACCAGGGGAAAAAAGGAGCAGAGGAAUUCCUGCCGGUCGGCUCCGAGCUCACCACACAUUUCACAACUCCCAAGAAGAGCUCGCCGCACCCUCUGCUCGGGACGGGACCCGGAGCCGGGAAGAAAGUGCGGAAAAGAGGGAGGCAGGGAGGGGGAACGUCGACUCACGGAAGGACACCCUGCCUGCUACUCACUGCAGAGAAACUGGUGCCACGACGCCUUCACCUCGGGCCCCCGGAAGCUGCUCCGGGGCAGGGCCUCAGAAAACGAGCAUGGGAAGGCCACUGGGUCCUCAUCUUAACCACUGCUGGGCCGCGCUCCACCUCUUCCUCUCCCUGAGCCUCGCCCAGUAUGAGAAUUGGCCCUACCACAGAGACGUCCUCCCCGAAUACCUCCAGCAGCCCCCGCCAGAGUACUCCCAGCCCGUGCGGCCGGCCGGAGUCCCCAGGGUCCAGCUGCGGCUGGCGGGGCAGAAGCGGAAGCACAACGAGGGACGGGUGGAGGUGAACUACGACGGGGAGUGGGGGACGGUGUGCGACGACGACUUCUCCAUUCACGCCGCCCACGUGGUUUGCCGGGAACUGGGCUAUAUCGAGGCCGUGUCUUGGACCCCCAGCUCCUCCUACGGGAAGGGAGAAGGACGGAUCUGGAUGGAUAAUGUCCACUGCACUGGUAAAGAGGUGACCCUCGCCGCUUGUUCGUCCAAUGGCUGGGGCGUCAGCGACUGCAAACACACAGAAGACGUGGGGGUGGUGUGCAGUGAGAAGAGGAUCCCUGGAUUCAAGUUCGAUAACUCGUUAAUCAACCAAAUAGAUAACCUGAAUAUCCAGGUGGAAGAUAUCCGGAUCAGAGCCAUUCUCGCAGCCUACCGCAGACGUACCCCGGUGACCGAGGGGUAUGUGGAGGUGAAGGAAGGUGGGAGCUGGAAGCAGAUCUGUGACAAGCAGUGGACUGCCAAGAACUCCCGCGUGGUCUGCGGCAUGUUUGGGUUUCCGGGGGAGAAGAAAUACAACACCAAAGUGUACAAAAUGUUCGCCAGCCGGCGGAAGCAGCGGUACUGGCCCUAUGCCAUGGACUGCGUGGGCAGCGAGGCUCACAUCUCGAGCUGCAAGCUGGGCAACCAGGUCUCCGUGGACCCAGAGAAGAACACGACCUGUGAGAACGGGCUGCCAGCCGUCGUGAGCUGCGUUCCCGGCCGGGCAUUUGCUCCCACGAGCAACUCGGGCUUCCGGAAGGCUUUCAAGCCAGAGCAACCACUGGUGCGACUGAGAGGUGGAGCGAACACUGGGGAAGGUCGAGUGGAGGUGCUGAAGAACGGUGAAUGGGGAACCAUAUGCGAUGACCAGUGGAAUCUGGUGUCCGCUAGUGUGGUCUGUCGAGAGUUGGGCUUCGGAAGUGCCAAGGAAGCCAUCACUGGUGCUAGACUCGGGCAAGGGAUGGGACCCAUUCACCUGAAUGAAAUCGAGUGCACAGGGUUCGAGAAGUCCAUUACUGAUUGCAAAUUCAACAUUGAGUCACUGGGCUGUAACCAUGAAGAAGACGCUGGUGUGAGGUGCAAUAUCCCUGCUAUGGGCUUCCAGAACCAGCUGCGUCUGAGCGGGGGCCGUAACCCCUACGAGGGUCGGGUGCAGGUGCUGAUGGAGCACAAUGGGACCCUGAAGUGGGGGACAGUCUGUGGAGAAAACUGGGGCACCGUGGAGGCCAUGGUAGUCUGCAGACAGCUGGGCCUCGGGUUUGCCAGCCACGCCUUCCAGGAGACCUGGUACUGGCAUGGGGACGCCAAUGCCAACAACAUGCUCAUGAGUGGAGUCAAGUGUUCGGGAACAGAGAUGUCGCUGGCACACUGCCGCCAUGACGGUGCAGAUGUGUCUUGCCCCCAUGGAGGGAGUCGCUAUGCUGCUGGUGUUUCGUGUUCACAAACGGCCCCCGACCUGGUCCUCAACGCUGAGAUCGUCCAGCAGAGCACGUACCUGGAGGACCGGCCAAUGUUCAUGCUGCAGUGUGCCAUGGAGGAGAACUGCCUCGCCUCCUCGGCGGCCCAGACCUCGCCCACCUCGGGUUACCGGCGGCUGCUGCGCUUCUCCUCCCAGAUCCACAACAACGGCCAGUCGGACUUCCGCCCCAAGAAUGGCCGCCAUGCCUGGAUCUGGCACGACUGCCACAGGCAUUACCACAGCAUGGAAGUCUUCACCUACUAUGACCUUCUGAACCUCAAUGGGACCAAGGUGGCCGAGGGCCAUAAAGCCAGCUUCUGCCUGGAAGACACAGAGUGUGAAGCAGAAAUUCAGAAGAAUUACGAGUGUGCCAAUUUUGGGGAGCAGGGCAUCACCGUGGGAUGCUGGGACAUUUACCGCCAUGACAUCGACUGCCAGUGGGUGGACAUCACUGACGUGCCCCCAGGCGACUACCUGUUCCAGGUCGUCAUCAACCCCAACUACGAAGUGGCUGAAUCGGACUACACCAACAACGUCAUGAAGUGCCGGACCCGCUACGACGGUCACCGCAUCUGGAUGUACAGCUGCCACAUAGGUGGCUCCUACAGUGACGAAACGGAGAGCAAGUUCGAUCACUUUGGUGGACUGGCGAAUAACCAGCUCUCCUCUCGGUUUUAAACCCGCGUGCCCCAGUGUAUGCUGUCACAAUCUCAAAUAAUCUGCUACAAGCCUGCAAGUACUAACCAGGGUCUGGGUUCCAGAGAUCCUAUCCGCACUCUAAACUGGAAGCACGGCUAUGUAGGGCUGAACUAGGGAAUCGGAAUGUCACAGGGCAGAAAAAGAAUGCAAGAAAAUUGUCAUUUAACGUGCUUGGUUCAAAACUCUAUCCCCGGGACGGGCGUGUGGACAUCACUAAAGGUCUCCCUUCUCUCGUACAAGUGGGAAAGGGCCCGGUUAACGCUGGAACCUCUUUGCAAUGCUUUUUGCCCGAAGAGCUCAACGUGUUGGCCGACGUCAGCCUUUUAACGGUAACCCCUGCCUGGUCUAGACACUCCACCGGAGAAGGAUUUGAAGCCCACGUUUUUCUUAUCCCGUUAAACUCUUUAUUUCUUCUACAGUUUACUCUAUCCAUAUAUAUAAGUUCUGCUGUCGGGAUUUCAGAUUAGGCGAUUUUGAGACAUAUUUCUUUUUCUUGUUCAGUUUUUUUUUUUAAUAUAUAUAUUUGUUUUAAGGAUGACACCGGUUCGGAAUUGUAUCUCCAAUAGAAACACAGUAAUUUAUUGGCAUUUCAUAUUGGGCAGCGGGGCCUUCUUAAAUACAGCAAAAAGCCACCUGUAUAAUGACUUGUCGUUGUUGUCUUGAGCGGUUUCCUUUUGGCAAAGGCGAAUGAAUGGUGCUAAACUAUUCCCGGCCCUUGGUUUCUGGAGGACACUCCCUGAUGGCCAGGGGUCGUCAGAGACACCCACACAUACUUGAAUCACAGUUGUUUGUCCCCAGAAUAAAUGGUUUAUCAUA